GAGAACCGAAAACAUUUUUUUUACGGCUGGAGGUGGUCGUGGUCGUCUGGCUGGAACUCGUCGUGUUGAUGUUUCAGGCUCCGUCGGCGUCAUGCCGUUCGCAAUAAAACGGGAUUUCAGAAAUCGACCCGUUGUGGAGGGCCGUGAGCGAGUUGCGGAAGGUGCCACUGCGUGAUCCGCAACCGAGUGCCCAGAACGGGCGUGGAACCGGUGUAGCUAGCGAGCCGACAUGGCUAACGCAAUGGGCAUCGAGCUGGACGAUGACAUUAUCGUGGACGAAGAGGCCCUCAACGCGUUUGUGAACUUUCCGCCCGAAGUUCAGGCUGCCAUAGAGCAAGUAUUUCCCAGUACAGACCCACUGGACAGCCCAAACUUCAAUCCAGUGGACUACAUCAACACACUGUUUCCAACGGAACAGUCGCUUGCCAAUGUUGAUGAGGUCAUAGCACGAAUGAAGACGAAGAUCAGGCGCUUGGACGACCAGAUCCGGACAGUCGUUCGCGGCCAGAGCAACCUUGGCUCGGAUGGGCGGGCAUCCCUGGAGGAGGCACAGCGCUCCAUCCACCAGUUGUUUCUUUGCAUCCGUGACAUCAAGGAGAAAGCCGAGAAGUCUGAACACAUGGUGAAGGAGAUCACACGAGACAUCAAGCAGUUGGACAAUGCCAAGCGGCACCUGACUGCCUCCAUAACAACGCUGAACCACCUUCACAUGCUCGUGGAAGGCGUCGAUGGGCUCAAAAAGCUGACUCGCAAGCGCCAAUAUGGAGAGGUGGCCAACCUCCUUCAAGGUGUGGUCAACGUGCUGGACCACUUUCAGCCUUACAUGGCCAUCCCUCAGAUACGAAAGCUUGCCGAUGAGGUUGCCACCAUUCAGUCUGACCUUGCACAGCAAAUAACGGCCGACUUUCAUGAUGCCUUCACGGGACCAAAUGCGAAGCAUUCGGCUCCCACACAGCAACUUGCGGAGGCCUGCCUCGUGGUCUCCAUUCUGGACAAGAAAGUCAAACAGGAACUGCUGAAGUGGUUCGUGUCCCUCCAGCUGGCAGAGUACACGCACCUCUUCCAAGCAAACCAAGACGUGGCCUGGCUAGAUCGCGUAGAUCGGCGCUAUGCCUGGCUCAAGAACCAUCUUGUCAAGUUUGAGAGCAAGUUUGGUCAACUGUUCCCCGCCGACUGGGAAGUGAGCGAACGCAUCGCGGUCGAGUUUUGCCACAUUACUAGGCGUGAGCUGACCCAGCUGAUGAGCAGCCGGGUGCAGGACAUGGAGGUGCGUCUGCUGCUCAGUGCCAUCCAGAAGACGACGGGCUUCGAGGCGCUCCUGGGACGACGCUUCACGGGUGUCACCCUCGAACGCACCAACGUGGUGUCCCCCCCGACACCGGCACCACCAAUGCCCCCUGCGCACCCAUCACAGGCUGAAAAGAGCACCAACCCCUUUGAGGAAGGAGGUGAGGAGAACAACCCUUUUGCCGAGGACAUGGAGAAGGAAGAGAAGACAGCUUCUCCGGCAGUGGCUGGUGCGGGAGAGCCUCUGGCCGGCAGCUCGACACCGCAGCUGUCCCCACCACAGAUGUCCUUGGCCAAUGUCAACCCAUUCCAAGGCCUCGUUUCGAGCUGCUUCGAGCGCCAUCUGGACAUUUAUGUGGAAUCCCAGGACAGGACCCUGAAGCAGCUACUAGACCAAUUUGUGGAAGCAGCGCAGCGGGCGCCGUUGCCGCAGCCCGACGUGGAGACGGCCGGAGUCCUACCCAGCUGCGCUGACCUCUUCGUGUAUUACAAGAAGUGCCUCGUUCAGUGCAGCCAGCUGAGCAGGGGCCCACCCUUGCUUGCCCUGGCACGUGUAUUCGGCAAGCACUUGGCCGACUAUGCAGGACGCGUGCUCCAGGGCUCAUUGCCCAAGACUGGCAGUAGUAGCAGCAGCGGUAUGACGGCCGCCGGCUUGAUCCAGAACUUCCAGAGCCUGUUGAAGGAAGGGGAGAGUCCGCGGCUGACGCCACCCGAACUGUGUCGCAUAUGCGGAGUUCUCAGCACAGCCGAAUACUGCCUCGAGACUACUCAGCAGCUCGAAGGAAAGCUGAAGGAGAAAAUCGAGCCAAGCUUAGCAUCGAAGAUUGACCUCACUGCAGAGCAGGACAUGUUCAACGGGGUCAUCAACAAUUGCAUACAGCUGCUGGUCCACGACUUGGAAGCAGCGUGUGAGCCUGCCUUGUCAACAAUCACCAAGACCAACUGGUCACUGGUGAAGGCUGUAGGUGACCAGAGCGGCUAUGUGACUGCCAUCACAUCCCACCUGCGUCAGACCCUGCCUCUCAUACGAGACAACCUGGCCAACUCGCGGCGAUACUUUACUCAGUUCUGCGUCCACUUUGUCAGUUCGUUCAUUCCAAGGCUAAUCAGCCAGCUGUUCAAGUGCAAGCCCAUGAGUCCUAUUGGUGCUGAGCAGCUCCUGCUAGACACUCACAGCCUCAAGAUGGUGCUACUGGACCUCCCACUGCUGGAAUCACAGGUGGCCAGGAAAGCUCCGGCAAGCUACACCAAGAUCGUGGUAAAGGGCAUGACCAAGGCGGAGAUGCUACUCAAGAUGGUGCUGGCACCUCACGAGCCGGCCGAAAGCUUUGUGGAGCAUUACACCAAGCAGUUGCCCGAGUCUGACGCCCAGGAGUUCCAGAAGGUUUUGGACAUGAAGGGCCUGAAACGGAGCGAGCAGAAUGUGCUGACCGAAGUUUUCCGUACCCGCAUCCCCACAGCCACCUCAUCCUCAGCCGCACCUUCAGAAGGAGGCACAGCGGCGCAACUGCUAUCCGCACUGGCCAUCGUCACGACGACCACACCAGAACACGAGUCAAGCCGCAUCCGACGGUUCGAGAAACUAAUCAAAAAGAGGCUUUAACAAGCUCCGAUCAAAACACUCGCCAAUGAAGGACUUUCUUUUUUCCUCUGUCGUGCUUUUCAGGGAACGGAGGAGGCAUGGAGCUACCAUUUCUUUUUUUUUCCGUUAAUUUAAUUCUGGAGGCCACUCCUUUGAGAAUCUUCCAGGUCCCGGUGUAGUAUUACUCGCUGUACAUAUGUAAAAUGAUGACAGUUAUAAAAGAGCAACUUUUGAA